CUUUCGCGGCCGUGCCACUCCGACCAAACACCACGUGGCACGCGUCCGAGUUGCACGUGCAUUCGCGGAGCUGCGAGAGCCCGGUGCGCGCGCGAGAGCGGGCACUUGCGAGAGAACUUACGAGAGAGAGAGAAAGAGAGGGAGAGAGAGCUCGCCAAGAUAUUUUCUCUCGUCGCCGGAGAGCGCGUUUCUGUACGAGAGGGAUCUCCGUUACGUUUCUCGUCGCGAUUCUUCCGAAUAGCUUCUUUCUGUAACUCAUACCCUUCAACCCCCUCUACAUAUCCUCAUCCCCCUUGCUCUUUCAUACCCCUUCUCUUCGCCCCGAUAUUUAUCUCUCUCUCUCUCUAUUUCUCUGUCUCAUUCCCCUCCAACUUCAACACGUUUUAUAUAAACGAUCGACUGAGUCGUUGUCGUAUUAUAUUAUUGUGACGUGAAAGAUUUAGUCGUGCUUCGGGAAACCUGCUGAGAUCGAGUCUUCAUUGAGAAUCAAGAGCUAUCGGCGAAGACGGUUCAACGUGAGUUACGGACAAAGGCGAUAAAAUGACUAUGGAUGGGAGCAAGAGCGAGUCGGGCAAGAACGGGGCCACUCAACAAGAAUGCGCGGGCUGUGGAAAGGCGAUUACAGAAAGGUAUCUUUUGAAAGCGUUGGAUAUGUAUUGGCACGAGGACUGCUUGAAAUGCGGAUGUUGCGACUGCAGGCUCGGCGAAGUCGGCUCGACGCUUUAUACCAAGGCCAAUCUCAUCCUUUGUAAACGAGAUUAUUUACGACUUUUCGGAAAUACCGGUCACUGCGCAGCAUGCAGCAAAGUUAUCCCGGCAUUCGAGAUGGUGAUGCGCGCGAGAACCAACGUUUAUCACUUGGAGUGCUUCGCUUGUCAACAAUGCAAUCAUAGGUAA